CCGAGCCCGCAGCAAACACAUCCAUAGAAGGCAGUCGGGGAGCCAAGCCGGGCCGCCGCCGCCGCCGCCGCCCCGCUUUCUUUUCCGCGCCCGCUGCCCCCGCGCCCGGCCCGCGCCACCCGAGACAAAGAGCGGAGAAAGUUUGCGCCGGCGCGCGGCAGGUGAGCAGGGUGCGCCGGCCCCGCCCGGCCCCCAGCCCGCCGCCGAAGCAGCCACCGCCGGGGCCGCCGGCCCGCCGACCCCGGCCCGCCAUGGGCGCCGCGGCCCGCAGCCUGCGGCUGGCGCUCGGCCUCCUGCUGCUGGCGACGCUGCUGCGCCCGGCCGACGCCUGCAGCUGCUCCCCGGUGCACCCGCAACAGGCGUUCUGCAACGCAGACGUAGUGAUUAGGGCCAAAGCGGUCAGCGAGAAGGAGGUGGACUCUGGGAACGACAUCUAUGGCAACCCCAUCAAGAGGAUUCAGUAUGAGAUCAAACAGAUCAAGAUGUUCAAAGGACCCGACAAGGACAUAGAGUUUAUCUACACGGCCCCCUCCUCCGCAGUGUGUGGGGUCUCGCUGGACGUGGGAGGAAAGAAGGAAUAUCUCAUCGCAGGAAAGGCUGAGGGAGACGGCAAGAUGCACAUUACCCUCUGUGACUUCAUUGUGCCCUGGGACACCCUGAGCACCACCCAGAAGAAGAGCCUGAACCACAGGUACCAGAUGGGCUGCGAGUGCAAGAUCACGCGCUGCCCCAUGAUCCCGUGCUACAUCUCCUCGCCGGACGAGUGCCUCUGGAUGGACUGGGUCACGGAGAAGAACAUCAACGGGCACCAGGCCAAGUUCUUCGCCUGCAUCAAGAGAAGCGACGGCUCCUGCGCGUGGUACCGCGGGGCGGCACCCCCCAAGCAGGAGUUCCUCGACAUCGAGGACCCGUGAACAGGGUGACAGCAGCCCUGUGGCCAAGCAGAAAGCCCCCAAGGGUUUAGACUGGUCCAGCUCUGACAUCCCUUCCUGGAAGCAGCAUGAAUAAACCGUCAUCCGAGUGGGUCCACAUUAGUGUGAUUCUGCCCCCCCAUUUUCCUUCUGAACACGCUUGUGGGUCUGGAGGGAGAGGUGGGCCAGGGUCCCUCCCAUGCUCCCUCCGUCCGCUGCCUGGGCACCGUGUGUCUCAGUCUUCGAUUCCCGGGCGCAGGCAGGGGUGGGACCCACAGACUUCCUGCCCAGGCCUCCUUGUCCCCAUCACAGAUGCCAGGCGGGCAGGCAGCAUGCAGGGGUCUCCCCAGCCUGGUUAGGGUGGAACCUGGAAAUGUGUGUUUUGCAGAAACGUUUGAGGGUCGUUGCAAGACUGUGUAGCAGGCCUACCAGGUCUUUGUCAUCCUGAGAGGGCAUGUCCCUUGUGUUCUGCAGUGGCCACCCCUAGGGCCUAGGGUGUAGUCCCAGCCCCCUGCAAGCGCCCUCCAUCUUCCCUGGGCCCAUCACACACUCCCAGCACCUGUGACUCCCUGGAGGCCAGGAGAGGCCCUGUAACUGGUGGCCCGUCCUUGGAGGACCCCCUUAGUCCUGGGAGUCUGCAGAAUUCCUCCCUCAGGGCCUCACACAGAUGUGGAGGAGGAAGCCCUCGCUGAGCCAUGAUGCAGCUCUGGCCAAGGCCUCUCAGUCCUCUAGGCCCUACAAGACUGCCAGGCCCCGCGCUGGGGCAGGUCCAGGGCUGGGGUGCGCGCAGCUGCUCUUCCAGUCCUCUCUUGAGCUUCUCGGGUUGCUCUGGCCUCCUUCCCAUCUGCUUUCCCCAGGGCGGUGUGUGGCUGGUGACCCGGCUCCCCAAGUGUGCAAACUGAGGACAUAAAAAGCUGGUCUUGCUGUGCCCCAGCAGGCUGAGCAAAGUCUCCCUCCAAGACUGACAGUCACGAUUCCCUGCAGAUUUCUCCAAGUGAUGUCAGCACAGCUUAUUAAAACGUCCCAACCAGGGCACCCAGGCAGCUUGUGUUCAGGCCCUUGGGGCACUGUGGCCUGUUUUAAGAGACAUCUCAUUUUUCUAAAGAUGAAUCAUCAGACAAUAUGUGAACCUGAGUGGCAGGUAUGCCAAGGCCUGCUUGUCUUUCUUAUGUCACAAAGAUUACCCACUUAAGGCCCUUCACAGGGAGCUGGGGAACCAACUUGUUCCCUAGAAAUGGUCUUCUGAUGCCAAUAAAAUAGGAGUUCAGGGAGGCAGAAUGUUCUCAGUCACAGUACAGUUAGCCUGCUUUCUCCUUCGCCCCACGCUGUAAAGAUGCGCUCUCCUGGGGAAGCACACGAUGCAAACGCAGACCUUAUGCACACGCACAGUGACACUGAGGCCAGGCGCCCUGUGAGAGUCCUUCUGCAGAAUGCUUCCAAUUACCCCCUAAGCCUGUUCUACUCUGCAGCGACCCUAGAGCAACCGUAAGACUCCUGACCCCCGAGGGGCGGCAGCCCCUGUGCUCACCCGGGACCUGGUCAGCACAGAGCUUGUUGACUCCCCUUUCUAGGACAGACUGGGAGAGGAUCCGGGAAUCAGCCCCUGCCCCAGGGGUGUUUCAUGCUGUACAGUGAUAUAAAGUUGGUAAGAUGUCAUGAUGGACCAGCCCAUAUGACUUCAGUGUAGUGCCACCACCAGACCCCGCAGUCAGUUCUGCACCUGCCCUGCCCGCUUCCUGUAUGGUGAUGUCCUAUGUAAGAUGCACUCCUGUUUCUGCUGACUCCUUCGACAUCUGGGUUUGUUUCUGACGUCCGCUGUGACCAUCCUGUGCUGUUUUUUUUUUUUUUUAAAUUACCCUUGGUAGGUGUUAGACUUGCACUUUAAACAAACAAACAAACAAACAAAACAAAAGGCGGUGUCUGCAUUGAGGAAGCAUUUGACCCGGCGUGGGAAGCGUGGCGUGGUAGCUGGCCUACGGUGGAGGACCCCUUCAGGCCUUUUCUGAGCUCCUUUGCUUUUCCCACCUCCUAGCUUCUGUUCUCUGGUUCAGAUAUUUACAAAGGACAGGAUCUUCGAGUGGGUUGCUUAGGAGAGAUGGCCUUGAUACUUGGAUCUCUGAGCACGCUGAGGGACAGGCCUCUGGACACCUUCACGGUCGACGGCUGCAAUGUAUGAGUAGGUUAAGAAGCUCUCGUUCGGCAUCGUUUAUGUUGUAUCCUAAACACUGCUCUUCUCUCCCUUUACUCUUUUCAUCACGCGAGCAACUCAAAAUAUUUAAAAUGAAGUUUACGUUGUAGUUGUUUUCAAAUCUUUGCUUGAUAAGUAUUAAGGAAUAUCAGACUUGCUGCCGUAAUUUAAAGCUUUGAUUUUUUUUGUUUUCGUUUGGAGUUUUAUGUUGCUGUGGGGGGGAGCGAAGUGUUCAUACUGGGAUGUGAAGCCUGAGACCCCCCUGUGCUGGGAGCACGUGAGUUGUGGAGAGUCAACUUGCAGACUGCGCAUGUCUCUGCUGCUUUGUAUCAUUUUUGAGUGACCGCUCCGUCAAUGGACAAUAAACAGUAUUAUCAAAGAGA